UGUGUGUGUGUGUGUGUGAGCAGCCAGUCAGUCAGCCGCAGACCAGCAGGGCGAGCAGACGUGCCGCCGGACCCGGAAAAGCAAGCCCGCGGCGGGACACUUUUUGCACCUCCCCUCGCUGACUUCCCCCGGAGUGCGAGCACUUUUGUCCGGCUUCGCAGCGCCGCUCUUCCCCGCUAUGGAUCAUCACGCGGCCCGGACCAGACAACACACGCCGCAUCAAAAGUUCUGAUCGUCCACAACAAUUGGAUCGUUGCAGAGAAGAUUUUAGGGCAUUUUUUAAUUUUAUUUAAUGUUUUCGUUUUUUGGAGUUUGUCUGCAAGCUGGUUGCCACAUGUGAGCACUGACAAUUUGCUGGUUGCCACAUGUGAGCACUAACAAUUUGCUGGUUGCUACAUGUGAGCACUAACAAUUUGCUGGUUGCUACAUGUGAGCACUGACUUUUUGCUGGUUGCCACAUGUGAGCACUGACUUUUUGCUGGUUGCUACAUGUGAGCAGUGCCAUGUUCUCUCUCAUGGGGUGACCCACAUCGCGCUCCUGAGAUGUGACCGUGGGAAUGGCCUCUUCCUGCACCUUCCUCCAGGGCGGCGUCAACGGUCUCGAAUGAAUCUUUGCCGCGAAGCCGCCGUGAUCCGCCAGCCCGUCGCCAUGAGGAGCAAAUACUCGCAGUACUACAACCGGACUCUGAUCCCGUACUACUACGAGCUGGCCAAGAACAUGACCAUGGAGCAGCUGGACAAGCGCAACAAGGACAAGGAGGGUCUGAGCGACCCCAGCAUCAUCAUCGUGGUCCUGUGCGUGGUCAUCAUCCUGGAGAACCUGCUGGUGCUCGUCGCCGUGUGCCGCAACAAGAAGUUCCACUCCGCCAUGUUCUUCUUCAUCGGCAACCUGGCCUUCUCCGACCUCCUGGCGGGCUCGGCGUACAUCGCCAACAUCUUCCUCUCGGGCUCCAGGACCUUCGACCUGGUGCCGGUGCAGUGGUUCAUCCGGGAGGGCACGGCGUUCAUCGCCCUGGCGGCGUCCGUCUUCAGCCUGCUGGCCAUCGCCAUCGAGCGCUACAUCGCCAUCACCAAGGUGAAGGUGUACGGCUCCACCAAGACGUGCCGCAUGUUCCUGCUCAUCGGCGCCUGCUGGGCCACGUCCAUCCUGCUCGGGGGGCUGCCCAUCAUGGGCUGGAACUGCAUCGACAACCUCCCCGAGUGCUCCGCCGUGCUGCCGCUCUACUCCAAGAAGUACAUCCUCUUCGUGGUGACCAUCUUCAGCCUCAUCCUGCUCUCCAUCGUCAUCCUCUACGUGAAGAUCUACCUGAUCGUACGCUCCAGCCACCAGGAGGCCACCAACUCCCCCGCCUACGCCCUCCUGAAGACCGUCACCAUCGUGCUGGGCGUCUUCAUCAUGUGCUGGCUGCCCGCCUUCACCAUCCUCCUCCUGAGCUCCUUCUGCCGGAUACAGCUGUGCCCCAUCCUCUCCAAGGCCGACAUCUUUUUCGGCUUCGCCACGCUCAACUCGGCGCUCAACCCGGUCAUCUACACGCUGCGCAGCAAGGACAUGAGGAAGGAGUUCCUGCGCGUGCUCUGCUGCUGGGGGGUGCUGCAGAGCGGGCGGCCCGCUGAUCGGUGCCUGGUGCCGCUUAAGAGCUCCAGCUCUCUGGAGCACAAACACGAACACCAGACCACGCCCAUCAUGCAGGACUGUACCACCUGCGUGUGACGGGUACCGGACCACGCCCCUUAAUGCAGGACUGUACCACCUGCGUGUGACGGGUACCGGACCACGCCCCUUAAUGCAGGACUGUACCACCUGCGUGUGACGGGUACCGGACCACAGCCCAUCGUGCAGGACUGUAUCACCUGCGUGUGACGGGUACCGGACCACGCCCCUUAAUGCAGGACUGUACCACCUGCGCGUGAAGGGUACCGGACUACAUCCCAUCGUGCAGGACUGUACCACCUGCAUGUGGCGGGUACCGGACCACGGCCAUCAUGCAGGACUGUACCACCUGCAGGACUGUAACACCUGCAUGUAACGGGUACCGGACCACGGCUAUCGUGCAGGACUGUACCACCUGCAUGUAACGGGUACCGGACCACGGCCAUCGUGCAGGACUGUACCACCUGCAGGACUGUAACACCUGCAUGUAAUGGGUACCGGACCACGGCUAUCGUGCAGGACUGUACCACCUGCAUGUAACGGGUACCGGACCACGGCCAUCGUGCAGGACUGUACCACCUGCAUGUAACGGGUACUGGACCACGCCCCUUAAUGCAGAACUGUACCAAAUGCGUGUGACCGGUGUCACCGACAAUCAAAUGUCAGCCAUGUUGGGGUGUGCCACCACUUUUCCAAUCACCAUGGCUGUCAGAAAUGUGAAAUAUUUCAUGGGUACUCUGAUGGAGUCAUUUCCAUGUGUGCUUCCCCUCCCCCGCUAUUAGAAGCCAAAAAGAAAAAAGCUUCAUAUCACACUCUGAGUGUGUGUGCAAUGCCAAGCCAUCAUUGUUGCACUUUGUAGAUUUUAUCACCAAAAAAACAACAACUUCCACUAAUAGCCUGCAAAAUUGCAGCGUCAGAGCCGGAACGGUAAUCCUUUUUGCUGCCUUUCCCACAGAACACGAGGACUUUCAUUUUUAGACAGCACUACUGUUAACACCACAGUGUGUGUCAAACAAGAGUUGGGUGAUAAACUCCACUCGCCUGUCCCCUGUCACACAGGUCGUGUCCCAUAUCUGUUUCGGCUCAGGUGCUACCUUUUAAAGACGGAAAAUUCCAGGGUUGACUAGAAGGAAAAUAGGAAGUGUAAGAUCCUGCAAAAUUGCAGCAUCAGAGCCGGAACGGUAAUAUUUUUGUGGUGCCUUUCCCACAGAACAGAAGAACUUUCAUUUUUUGACACAACAUUAUGUGUAAAACGAGAGUCAGGUGAUAAACUCCACUCGCCUGUCCCAGUCAUCGCCAAAUACCCUUUCACACAGGUCAUGUCCUAUCUCUGUUUCGGCUCAGGUACUACCUUUUAAAGACAGAAGAUUCCAGGGUUGACUGUAAGAAAAAUAGGAAGUGUAAGAGCCUGCAAAAAUGCAGCAUCAGAACCGGAACUAUACAACUCUUGUCACCUGUGCCUUUCACACAGAACUUAUCAUAUUGGGUUAUUUUGCCUUUGUGUGCAUCUUACACUCAGCUAAUUAGAUAAUUAAUUAUUGUUGAAUGACAACAGUGGCUUUCUACAGAGUUUUGGGUGUUAAAUACCCUUUUACACAGGUGGUGUCUUGCCUCUGUUUCGGCUAUGAUACUACUCUCAAAGGCGAAAAAUUCCCAAGUUGACUUUACGCAAAAAAGGACCCACAAGAACAGUAAUAUUUAUUUGUGCCUUUUACACGGAACCAAUCAACACGCGUUAUUGCCACAUUUGUGUGCACUUUCACACAGCAACACGGCAAAAAUGUAAAAAUUACAGUAUUUAUUCUUGUAGAACGCCAAUAAUUGCUUUGAAAACAACAAUUUGACUAAAACGAGAAUUGGGUGAUGAACUCACUCGCCUGUCCCAGUCAACGGUAAUAUUUUUUGUGCCUUUCCCACAGAACGCAAGAACUUGAUUUUUUUGACAGCGGUACUUUCAACACAACGGUAUGUGUAAAACGAGAGUCGGGUGAUAAACUCCACUCGCCUGUCCCAGUCAUCGUCGAAUACCCUUUCACACAGGUCGUGUCCCAUCUCUGUUUCGGCUCAAAGGCUUAAUGACCUUAAAGACGGAAAAUUCCAGGGUUGACUAGAAGAAAAAUAGGACGUGUAAGAGCCUGCAAAAUUGCAGCGUUAGAACCGGAAUUAUAAAACUAUUUUCACCUGUGCCUUUCACACAGGACACAAGAGCUUGAAUUUUUUGACAGCACUACUUUCAACAGUAUGUGUAAAAUGAGAGUCGGGUAAUAAACUCCUGACUAUAAGAAACAUAGGAAGUGUAAGAGCCUGCAAAAUUGCAGCUUCAGCCACAAGAACAGUAUUAUUUAUUUGUGCCUUUUACACAGAACCAAUCCGCGCGCGUUAUUGCCGCAAUUGUGGCCGCUUUCAGACAGCAACAAGGCGCGAUAGUCACAGAUGUCCUACUUCAGUUUUGGCGGCGAUACUACAUCCAAAGGUGGAAAAAAACGUAGAAAAAAAUGUGUGAAAGGGGCUUUGAAUCAGAAUAUUGCCGCAAUUGUGGCCACUUUCAGACUGAAACAAGGGAGAAGAGAGUGUCAGGCGUCACAGAUGUCCUACUUCAGUUUUGGCAGUAAUACUGCAUCCAAAAGUGGAAAAAAACUUAGAAAAAAAUGUGUGAAAGGUGCUUUGAAUCGAGAUAUUGUCGCAAUUGUGGCCGCUUUCAAACAGAAACAAGGCGGGAGAGUCACAGAUGUCCUACUUCAGUUUUGGCGGUAAUACUACAUCCAAAAGUGGAAAAAAAACUUAGGAAAAAAUGUGUGAAAGGGGCUUUGAAUCGAGAUAUUGCCGCAAUUGUGGCCACUUUCAGACAGAAAAAAUGCGGCAGAGUCACAGAUAUCUUACUUCAGUUUUGGCAGUAAUACUACAUCCAAAAGUGGAAAAAAAAUUAGAAAAAAAUGUGUGAAAGGCACUUUCAAUCGAGAUAUUGCCGCAAUUGUGGCCACUUUCAGACAGAAACAAGGUGGGAGAGUCACAGAUAUCUUACUUCAGUUUUGGCGGUAAUACUACAUCCAAAAGUGGAAAAAAAACUUAGGAAAAAAUGUGUGAAAGGGGCUUUGAAUCGAGAUAUUGCCGCAAUUGUGGCCACUUUCAGACAGAAACAAGGUGGGAGAGUCACAGAUAUCUUACUUCAGUUUUGGCGGUAAUACUACAUCCAAAAGUGGAAAAAAAAACUUAGAAAAAAAUGUGUGAAAAGGGCUUUGAAUCAGAAUAUUGCCGCAAUUGUGGUCACUUUCAGACAGAAAAAAGGCAGGAGAGUCGCAGACAUCUUACUUCAGUUUUGGCGGUAAUACUACAUCCAAAAGUGGAAAAAAAAACUUAGAAAAAAAUGUGUGAAAAAGGCUUUGAAUCGAGAUAUUGCCGCAAUUGUGGCCACUUUCAAACAGAAACAAGGCGGGAGAGUGGCAGACAUCUUACCUCAGUUUUGGCGGUGAUACUUUUGUUGUUUUCAUCACUGGUGCUGUUCCGGCUCCGGUGCUACCUACAAAGACAGAACAUUGUCAGGUCAACGUCAUUAAAAAGGGUGGAAAAUGUCCUGAUUCUAACAAUGUAAUUCUAUUAUAACCAGCGUGCAUGGACUAGUCAGAGGAAAAACAGGAUAUUCCCUAUAUAACCUUCCCUCCACUUCCACGUCUAUGACAUCAUCUUGUAGCUAAGCGUGUAUGACAUCAUCUUGUAGCUAAGCGUGUAUGACAUCAUCUUGUAGCUAAGCGUGUAUGACAUCAUCUUGUAGCUAAGCGUGUAUGAUGUAUUCCAGCGCACUAACCCUCCCUCCAUGUCGUUACAACCUCCCUGCUGUGUCUCCAGUGAGUUGUGCUGAAUGUACGCACGGUGAUGAAGAAGUUUGGUGGUGGACAGUAUUACCCAUCUUUGUUUGGAAUGAUAUUGGGGUGAACAGGGCAGCUCACUGUGAAGAAGGAGAAGCGCAACAUCCUGCUUUCAUUUGGUCUGGUGAGCACGGCUCGUAAAAGGUGGGAGAAGAUCUGGUUUCAAAGAGUGUGGGGAGAGCCUUUUUUACCAGGUCAGCAUCGUCCUCUGCGACUUCCUUCUACCGCAGGAAGUUGUUUUAUUUCUCUUCCUGUUUAUAAACAUGUUUUUUACACAGCCAAGUAGAAAUGGUGAAAAGCACUUUGGCAGCUUCAGUGACGUCGUCUUUGUCCCAUUGAGAGGCCUUUUUGUGCCCCAAAUAUUAUGAGCAUGUAUGUAAGUAUGUACAGUGUAUGUAUGAUGAUGACAUGUAUGUACAGUUUAUGUAUGAUGAUGAUAUGUGUGUACAGUUGAUAUGAUGAUGAUGAUGUGCAAUAGCCUCGUGUGUCCUGCCAGUCGCACGCUGCCUGUGUUCAUUCGGUACAAUCUGAAACACUAAUGUAGGUACAUCUUUUCUUUAUUGCAUUCCUUU